AUGAGACUGUUUCGCGUCCUCGGAGCCCUGCUGCCCUUCUUCUUCGCAGUCACCAAUGCGCUGACGGUCUCCGAUGUUCUGGCGCAAUCGCUUGCCGCCUAUGCGAAGCGCGAUACCGCGUCGUCUAUCCUUUCCGCUAUCGAGAACGCCGCGACCUGUUCAUCGUGUCAGGCACUGCUCCUUGUCCUCCAGGCUCUGGCUCACACCGGUAACCCGAACUUCACGAACGUGAUCACGAGCGUCUGCAAGAGCCUCGGCGUGCAGGAUCCCGAUGUCUGCACUGGCGCGAUCGGGCUCGAGGGACCCAUUCUUGCGCACGACCUGCGUGUGAUGUCGGUCGGAAGCAAGACCGCGGACCUGUUCUGCAUGACUGUGUUUGGUCUGUGCCAGGCGCCUGCGGUCGACACAUCGUUCUCCGUGUCGAUGUCCCCGAAACCGGCCAACGCUCGCCGCCCCACUCCGAGCACCCAGAAGCCGAUCCAGGUCGUUCACAUCAGCGACAUCCACGUCGACUUGGACUACACGGUCGGCGCCAGCUUCAACUGCACGAAGAACAUCUGCUGCCGCGCCUACACAGCGGAUGAAGCCCCCGGUGUGACGAACACUCCCGCUGGACCAUUCGGAAACUCGGCCUGUGACACCCGCAUCUUCACUGGUGAUGUUGUCGAAGGUGACGUGUGGCUGUCCUCGACGACCGAGGUGACGACGAAUCUCAAGGACGCUUACUCCCGCAUGGCGAGCAUUGGCGAGACGUAUGCGGUGAUCGGUAACCACGACUCGGCGCCGGUCAACUCGUUCCCUCCGCCGGCAGUGAGCACGGACUACGCGCCCGAAACGCAGAUCUCGUACGACGACCUUUCGGCCAACAUCCAGCAGUGGAUCGGCAGUGCUGCCGCUUCACAGGUCUCGAACAACUUUGGCAGCUACUCGACGCUGACUUCAUCGGGGCUGCGGAUCAUCAGUGUGAACACGAAUUUCUGGUACAAGGCGAACUACUGGCUUUACGAGAAGACGAUGGAGCAUGACCCUGCAGGCCUUCUCACGUGGCUCGCCGGCGAACUGCAGGCCGCGGAGACUGCUGGCGAACGUGUCUGGAUCCUCGGUCAUAUGCCCCUCGGCGCCGGCGAUGCGUUCCACGACCAGUCAUACUACUUUGACACCAUCAUCCAGCGCUUCUCCGCCACGAUCGUCGGCGUCUUCUAUGGUCACACGCACAAAGAUGAGUUCCAGAUUGCGUACAGCGACUGGUCGGCGCCCUCGGCCAGCACCGCCACGAUGAUGUCCUACAUCGCCCCAGCGCUGACCCCGACAUCCGGCAACCCGACGUUCCGAGUGUACGACGUCGACCCCGUGACCUUCGCCAUCCUCGACAUGACGGUCUACUACGCGGACAUGUCGUUGCCAACGUUCCAGACGUCGCCGACCUGGGCCAAGCUGUACUCGGUCAAGGAGACAUACGGACAGCAGCUGGGCGUCACCUCUGGCGAGCUGACCCCCGCGUUCUGGCACAACGUGACCGCCCUCUUCGAGUCCGACGACGCUGUCUUCCAGCAGUACGUCGCCCGCAAGUCGCGAGACACCUCUGGCACCCUCGCGCCCUGCACCGGCAGCUGCAAGUCGGACGACAUCUGCCAGCUCCGCGCUGCCCAGUCCCAGUACAACUGUGUCACCGUCUCGCCCGGCGUCCACUUCCGCCGCGACGUCGCUGUGGCCCACACCGAUGACGCCUGCGAGAGCUCCAUCGUCGCUCCGCUCAUGUCCUCGGUCUUCACCACCGAGGGCAUCGACUCGCUGCGCAAUGCCCUCGUCUCCACUCUCGGCGCUGGAUUCUUGAAUACCACCCUCUCUCAGUAA